GGCCCACCUUCCACAUCCGGCCACAGUCGGCGACACGUCGCUCUCCUUCGGAGCCUGAUCUGUGUUUACAUCUCACUCGGAGACUCCUUUAUUGACAUACAAUGUUUUAGUACUUGCAGGGGUGGAAUUAAUCUCAUAUUCAAAAACAGUCUGCAAAAAUACUCGUGGUUGUGGUUUGUAGUAAAAACAAGGUGUCCAAAUGGGAGAGGUGAGGAAGUUACAGAAGAAGUUGAGACAGAUUGAGAAUUUGGAGAUCAAAAUCAGUCUUGCCCCCGAAGAAAGAUUUAAGAUCUCCAGGAAGGCGGAGCUGCGUUCCAGAUUGGCUGAGCUCCUGCUGCAGCAGUCUGGCCCGCAGCACACUCUGGGGACCGCGGCAGAAGGAAACAAGGAGAAGAUGAAAAGACAAGUAGAGGACGCCCCAGAGGACCUUCCAUCACAGACGCCCACCGCCUCCAAGAUCCCAAAGGGAGAGGGGCAGCUGAAAGCCCCGGCCGCACCAGCGCAGCAGAGUGCCAGCCAGAGGCAGACGGCACCGGGGAGGGAUGGGGAUGGUGGAGCGCGGGGGACGCGGCCAGACAAGGGGCCACGGGGGACCAGGGUGCCGGAUCCCCAACCGCCGGCGGCAGGGUCACACGCCGGACCAACGACGCCGACCGCGGACGCCGAAAACCAGCCUCAAGCCGAGCUACAAGACACAGAGUUGGCCUCCCUGAAAGCGACCUGGGAGAAGGCCAAGUUUCGCUUAAGACUAUUGGAGGGUCACACCGACAUAGUAACCUGCGUGGUUGCUAUUGACAACAUGGUGAUCUCUGGAAGUCGGGACACCACAGUGAAGGUGUGGCACGUCCCGACGGCCACCGAGCAGAGGAACCUGGGAGGACACAGCGGCGGGGUCACCUGUCUGUCAGCCCCUCCCCCGGAGUACUGCGGGAAGCUAGGUGAGACACACACAAUCACACGCGCACGCACACACACACACACACACACACACACACACACAGACACACAGACACACACGCACACACACACACACACACACACACACACACACACACACACACGCGCACACACACACACAGACACACAGACACACACGCACGCACACACACACAGCCUAGGGAUGAGUAAUGGCCACCGGCUUGUCGUGUUAUAUAAUUAUAGCAGUAGUUCAUCAAAUGAGCCCCCACAGAGCGGGAACCCCGGGGAGCCGUCUGUCUGUCUGGAAGUAUGUGGAGGAGCAUGCAUUUCAUCCCCUCAACUCCACUACAUUUAUUAAACCUCUCUGUCUCAA